CGGACAUUGAGAGUGAGUACUCGUGUGCCGUGGACGGAAGAUUCGUGGAGAUCGAAACAUCGUGUGUUGAUAAUGUGAUGUGACAAAUAAACUUGAUAACAAUAUGCAUGACGCAGAUGUGGCGAAAACAAAAUUUGAUGUAUCGCAACAGUCACAAAAGAAACAAUGAAAAGAUAUUAAAUCUUGAAAAUGGCGCUCGAAGUGACGAACAACAUAACUCUUACUCUCACAAACUUGUUUGAAGAGAUGCUACAAGCUACGGAUGAAUCUGUUGGUAACAAGAGUGUAGAUAGUUCUCAAAUAAUCUCUGUGCUCAGGGAAAGUUCUACAAGGAACAAUCAUGAAUCGCUUGAUUUUGGGACAUUAGUGAAAUUGGUUGGCGGUUGGCGAACAAAACUCAACUUGACCAAGCCAAUCGAACCUGCAUGUCAUUACUGCGAAGGGAAUAUAAGAGAACUCAUUCUUGCCUACAACAGUAUACACGGAUAUAUCAGCCUCAUCGUUUGUUUCUUCGGGUCGUUAGCCAACGCCCUGAACGUGGCGGUCCUGACGCGCCGGGACCUAGCCGCCGCUCCUAUCAACAGGCUGCUGAAGUGGCUUGCAGUCGCUGAUGUCUUCGUCAUGAUGGAGUACGUCCCUUUUGCUGUGUAUCGCUACCUGAUACUUCCUGGUCAGCGAGAGAUGCCGUACAAAUGGGCCGCGUAUCUUCUGUUUCACAUGCACUUCGCUCAAAUAUUCCACACAGCUUCGAUAUGUCUUACGCUAUCGCUCGCUAUCUGGAGAUAUAUAGCAAUCAAGUAUUCAGACAGAAGCCACGUCCUAUGUACGGAGAGACGGUGUAGUACAGCUAUAUUGAGCAGUUUCAUCCUUCCCCCGCUUCUUUGUAUACCCACAUUUAUGGUUUUCGACAUUCACACUGCUGUUGUGUUAGAACCAAAUGGUCCUAUGAUUCUGUAUCACGUAGAUUCUGAUGAGGAAGGACAAUUAUUUAAGAUCAAUUUCUGGGUACACGCAGUUGUUAUAAAACUGUUGCCAUGUUGUAUUCUUACGAUAAUAAGUCUCUGGUUAAUAAGAGAAGUAUACAGUGCAAAUGAACAUCAGAAAAAGAUACGUCUCACCACGACUAAUGAGAAGACAUUGAAGCGACAGAACAAAGGAGAUAAAAGGACUAAUAGAACAACGAAAAUGCUUGUCGCAGUAUUGCUGCUGUUCCUAGUCACUGAAUUACCUCAAGGGAUAUUAGGUCUUAUGAGUGGAGCUUUGGGGCGAUGUUUCUUCAAGCGUUGUUAUGAUUUGUUUGGAGAGCUGAUGGAUGCAUUAGCGUUACUUAAUGGAGCUAUUAAUUUCAUCCUAUAUUGCUCAAUGUCGCGACAGUUUCGGAUGACGUUCAGACAGCUGAUGUGGCGCGCUCAUUUACAUAGCUGGCCGCCGCCUCAACCUUCACAUUCUGAUGGCGUCAACACCGCUAAGACAUCGGUUCCCUGAGAGAAGAUAGUACAAGAGAAACACGCAUAUGUGAUGCAACAGUUUGUUUAAACUACGAUCGUUGUUAGUUAGUUAUAUAAGUUCCUCAUUAAUAAUAAGGCUAAUUUUAAAUUUUACUUGAUGAAUACUACACUGCUAUUUAUGAUGAAUAUUUUUAAAUAAAAAAUAAUAAUCUAUAACUUCUAUGGAGACUAAGAAUCUCUUAGAUUAUAGAUGUGAAUUCUACAGAAGAUCCAAUAAGGAUCAUAACAUGGUAUCGUGUAGUAGGCCAAGUUACGGUAGAAAGGCAGGGCUCGAGUUCCAUUUCGUAAGAAUAUUUUAUAUUUUCUAAUAAUUUGGAUAAAAUACAUAAUAAAAGAUAAAAAUAAUAAUUGGAUCAAAAGUUUGAAAUAAACGUCAUCUGUUGUUCGGUUGUUUAGCACUAUUAGAGAAGCAGAAUUAGACACUCUCAACACAAAUCCCAGCUUUGCUAAAAUAUGAUCUAUGUGUGGGACAAAUGUCAAUUGAGAGUCUAUAAUGACACCCAAAUCCCGAAUCUGUGUUUCACGUGAUAAAACCUUACCGCUUAAAGUAUAACUGUUGUUAAUAAUGUUGUGUUUUCUGCUAUAACUAAUGACGUGACAUUUAUCCAGAUUUAGAAAUAUUUAAUUAUCGGUACAAUACAUUUCAACUGCUUUUAGAUCAUUUUGUAGUAAUUCGCAAUCUUGAGGAUUUUGAAUUAUUCUACAGAUUUUAGUAUCAUCCGCAUAAAGUAAUAUAUUAGUGUUAUGGGCUAUAGAACUUGUAUCAUUUAUAUAGAGAUGAAAUAAUAACGGCCCAAGGUGGGUUCCUUGAGGAGCGCCUGAACUUAUUUCUUUAUAUUGUGAUGCGAAACCCUUUACAACAACUGCUUGAGUCCUUUUUUCUACUUGAUCCAACGUAGGAGAUCACCAAGUCCAUUCCAACCAAGAUAACCAAGUGGAUUCCAUGUCAAGAUUUCUAAGUUUUCUAGUAAUAAAGGAUCUAAGCUACUAGGUUCAAAAACUGACUGAAAAUGCUCACUAAAUAGUUCACAAAUAUGCAGUCCAUCCAUCGCGUGUAUCCACAACCAUUCGGAAGAGGAGGCAGGAGGGGUAGGCCAGUCUCUGCGUUGCGACAACAAGGUGUUGCGCACGGCUAUCAUUACCCCGCCACCGCGCUCAUAGCCGCUUUCCUGCGAACAGCGAUCACAUCGAAAUACCUUACAUCUGCUAUCGAUAUACUCACGAUCAAAAAAAUCGGCAUUCAACCAACUUUCCGUGAUGCAUAAAAAGUCAUACUUGGACAAUGAAACCUUAGAUAAGAAAUCACGUGAUUUAGUUCUGAAGCCCCGCACAUUUUGAUAAUAACCAAUUAAGCGUGUAAAAAUAAAAUAAUUAAAAUGUUAAGCAAUAUUAUAACUACAGUAAAUAGAUGUGAGCGAAUUACUUUUGAAAUAAUGAGAAUGGUUACGCAUUUAUUUAAAUUAAGAACGUUGUAGCAGCAUUUUUUUUGAUUUGCUAUGAAGAUGACAAAAGUGAAUUUUAAAUAUUUUAGAUUUUGAAAUCUAAUUUUAAGAAGUUGCACAUAACUAUUAAAAAAAUUAGAAGAGUGAUAAUAUAUAUAUAAAACUGUAAAGAAUAUGAUUUGCUGUAUUCUUAUUUUUACAUCUUUCUUUUCAUUUUUAGCAUCAAAGUAAUAUUUUGAUAGUUUGUUUGUAGUUGUACAAAAAGACUCUGAACACAACCAAGUAUAAAAAUAAUAACAAAAUAAAUACCGUCAUUUCAGUUUGUCUAGAUCACUAUCACAUUUUAUAUACACCACUCUUGAUUUAUUAUUUUUUCGCAUCAUGAUGUUACAGUCACGGACCCACAAAUAGGUAAAAACAAGUUGUAGUUUAACUUCCCUGACACGUUUAAGCAACAAUUUGUUUCGGGGGGUAAGGUGGUCACCGAGGUCCACCAUGGCCCCGGCAGGCCAAUAUCACCGGAGGAGAGCCCGCGACGCGCGCGCAGCUGCCAACAAGCUGUCCUAAGCACGGUGCCGCAAGAACUUACGAUUAUGGCUGGCAAUCUCUGCGACUCCCGACUGCCCCGUUUACCUUUAGCGUUUGCGAAGCGACGUACCCGAACUAUGGAGUCCAUUUCACCGUCCUCCAACGUCAUUCCCACCUUGUUACAUAUGGAAUAUAAUAUAUUAUUCAGGUUCUCGCCGCUCGCCACUUUUAUUCCGAUAUUUCUAUAUUGUUAAGCCUGGAUGGUACACGGUUUCUUUCAUAUCAUGAAUAUUUUUUGCAUACUAGAUAUAGCAGCGACCUUUGUUUCAACAUCGACGAGGCGAUAAUCAAAAUUGACGAGUUUUGAAUCCAUCUUAGAUAGUUUGUCGUUUAGGUUUUGAAGGUAAGGUUUUUAAUUUCCGUCUUCAUUACUGUAAAAUCUUCUCUAAACUUCUUAAUCUCUCUGAGUAUAUCAGAGAGGUGAUAGUCUGAGUUACAGGCCUUCGAGGAUGUUCCUGUAGAAGCGGUGGCAGUGCGGCACUGCUCAAGUCCCAUCUUUCGAUAGGAUGACUCCGCCACUCCAGAACACCCAUAGUGAAGAUGACCUUCACAUAGGCCACUGAUCACAGCAUCAGCCACCACAUUACCACACUUUACACAAUUCAUUAUUUAAUGAGGGUAGUUGCACACAAAUAAUUAGAUAACAACAUACGGACUAGUGAUUUUUACGGCGCGUGUGAAACCGGUUAAUGACUGCGCGAGACUAUUUACGGAACAUAUUGAUAUUUUUUUAAUUAAUUAACACAUAUCACUUCUCACUUUUUUAGCCUUACUACUCGUCCCCUCUCUUUCUCUAUCCUUUUUUUAUGACCAAAUUAUCAUGCAAUCUUUGUAUAUAUCAUUUUUAUUAUUUAUUUUAUUACUAUGAAUAGGGAAUUUAGAUGCACUUAAAUCCUAGGAUCUAUUGUGCCCACUGCUUGCGCUAGCGCACCCACCCUCAACUUCUUAUGUCUAAAAAACAAUGAGCUGUGGAAAAAUCGAGGCUACUGACUAGGAAACGUAUGCCGGGAUUUAAAUUAAGAAGCGUAGGAUCCUCAGAGGGUCUCCUGGCAGGGCACGUCCUCUGCUUUGAGCGAGGGUGACAGGGUUUUGAGACACCCCUGCCUGAUUCUGGCAAUGGCCUCGCAUUUAAGAAGGAAGUUGUUAUGGUCUUCAGUGGCUUUACAGGAGAAUUCGCACAGGUUUGAUUCACUGAGACCCAUUCUGGCUAGGUGCCCGUUCAACUCACAGUGGCCUGAGAGGAACCCCAUGAGGGCUGUCAGUUGUUUCUUGUCCAAGUCUAUGCAUUGUUUGGCACGCUUACGUUGAUAGUUGCCUAGGAGCAGCUUGGCCUGGUAGCGAGGACCAGUGACUGGCUGCUUCCAGCAUUUCUUGAUUCCUUAGGGCGUUGCGGAUAAGAGAUUCACCGGCUCCACAAAAGGGUUCUGGUCCUAUGCAGGGAGAUAAGGCUCCAUCCUUAGCUAGCCGGUCAGCUAUCUUAUUACCUUUGUGUCCCGGUAUCGAGGCCAGAGUAACUUUGUUGCUCUGGCUAAGGAUAUCCAGUUUUCUUCUGCAUUCCCACACCAACCGUGAAGUCAUUGCGUAGGAUGUCAAUGCCUUGAGAGCUGCUUGGCUAUCAGACAUUAUGGUAAUUCCUGUCGAGGUUCAUUUGUAGACCUGUCCAGUGCAUAUACUUCCGCCUGGUAUAUAUUUGCUGCUUACCUAAGGCUUCAUGGUAAUUUGUUGCUGGGCCGUAAACUCCAUCACCAGUUCCGGCUUCAGUCCUGGAGCCAUCCGUAUACCACUUAAUGGUAUGACUAUCAAGGCUUACCGUGGUAUCACAGUAGUAGCAAAAUUCUGGGGGAAUUCUGUCAUGUGGCAUAAACCACGUGUGUGAGCACUUUGCCAGCCAGCUAUAGAUCGCGCUGGUUGCAUUUAUGCCCGUUCUAAUCCCGCUAUUUUUAUUCUGAUUUUGGCCAUUCUGGCAGUCGUUGUUACAGCUAUAUGAAGAAGUGGUAGAUCUAAUAUCACCUCCAUGGCUGCAGUUGGGCAGGAUUUCAUUGCGCCUGUGACGCAUAAGCAUGCUAGCCUUUGUAGUUUUGUAAGGCAUAGUUUCACAGCUACGUUAGAUGUUUUCUUUUUAUUUGCCCACACCACACAACCGUAUGUGAUGAUGGGUCUAGCAAAGAAUAAGUAUAUUUCACGAAGGAUUCUGGGGGAUAGCCUUCAGUUCCUUCCGGCAAACGAUUGCAGAUCAUGAGUGCCCUGGUGGCUUUAGAUGACACGUUCUGCAUGUUUUCUCUACCAUGGUUUGUUCAAUAUUUGUCAUAACUACCAUUAGGAGCCAGCUAGAUCGAUAUGCCCUCAGCCCCACAGUCCCUCCAUCUCGUCACUUUUGUUAUAAACACUCAUUUAUCAUUCUUAUUUUGCCUAACAUAUAAAGUAGUAUUUAUAUAAGAUCAGGGUUUCUAUAUACAAAAUCAAAACAAGAAGGCAAUUAUUAUGGUAACGUUGAUUACAUACAUAUUGUAUGGUUGUAUAUUUUGAUGUUUUAAUUAACUGUGCUUAUAAUUAAUGUUAGACAGUAUGUUGUGUAAAUGUAUUGUAAGUACCAAAGCUUAAACCAAAUAAUUUAUAUAUUUAUGAUAAUAUCCACGUAUUCUUACUUUAAUAACAUUAAUUCCAGAAUAACUUGAAAUAUGUUAUGAAAUUUGCUUUGAAUACAUAAUAUUAAAUUUUAUUAAACGCAUUUUUCUUGGAAAUGCAUUACAUUUAUACGAAUUUAUAAAAAAAUAUAGUUUCUUUUUUUGUUAUAUGUUUGACCUUUUGUAGAUCUUUUAUACAUAAUUUAAUAGGUUGUGACAGUAGUGAAAAAGAUGAUUUUUUUUUAAUAAUUGACUUUGACAAUUAACCUCUAUUCAGAGCAAUGUACGCACACUAACUAAAAUUGACAUACAAAUCGCGAGUGUAAGACGUAACUUGUCACGUACACUAAAGUAAUAAACCUGGCCUAUUUUCAUCGGUUGUCUAGCAGCAAGAGGCUCUAUAUUGACGUAUAAAUUAUCGAAGGCUUGACAUGUGUGGUUAAGAUACGUAAUUGUGACUUAAUAUGUUUACAUACUUAAAGCAACGUCAGAGAUCCAAAAUUAUUAUUGCGAAUAAAUAUAUUCUUAAAGCUCUGCUCAUAACAACGAAAUAUCUUUGAAAAUAAUAUGUUUCUAUUUACUUUAGUUAGUAGUUAGUGACGAUACUGACGAUGGAAACGUGAUACCGAUCAGAUUGUUUUGUUCAAUCAACUAUAUUAUAAUGGGCAGGACUUAUUAUUAUAAUAAUAUUAUAUAAUUGCAUGUCCAUUUUUAAAUAUAAUUAAUUAUAAAGUUGUUAAUAAAAUUAGUACCUAGAUACAAAAAUGACGCUGAUGUUUCUCUUGUACGCGAUAAGUUAAUUUAAUGUCUGUAAUAUAUUUCUAACAAAAUAACUUCUAUAUUUACUUAGUAUCUGAGCCAUUGUGAAGUUUCACUUUGAAGUGAUACAAAAGUUGAAGACACUGUUACACCUCUUGGUUUGAUGUAAAUAAAAUUAAAUGGUGCAGUAA